AUGGUCGACACCAGGCGGAGCUCCGCGGCCAAGCGCCGGGGCCCGGCCGAGGAGUCCUCGCCAGCGCCGCCACCGCCGACGCAGGCGGAGGCCGCGGCGUCCCCCACGACGGCGGGCGCGCCGGCGGAGCCCGCGUCGACCCCGCCCCCGCCGUCGUCCCGGAGCCGAUCGGGCAAGCGCGCCAAGGUCGCGGUUGCGCGGGUGGAGGAACCCGGCGACAAGGCGGUGGACCCGGCCGCGGUCGACGUGCUCGACAGCUCCGUCGAGAACCUGCAGGGCGUGGCGAGGCCGCCGGCCGUCAACGUCGCCGCGUCCUCCACCGUCUCCAAUUCCGAAGGAAGGAGGAAGAAGAAUCGGCCGGUGAGGGCGUUCCCGACGGACGAGGGGACGCUCUGGAAGGCGCGGCCCGCCAGUGGCCGCGCUGAGGCCUGGGGUAGAUUGAUUUCCCAGUCUUCUGAGUAUCCCUCAAUUCCAAUUUAUCCUGCUCAUUUCACUAUUGGCCAUGGCGGAAAGUGUGACUUGAAACUCACCGAGACAUCUCCUGGGUCACUUAUUUGCAAACUGAAGCAUGUUAAGAGGGGUGCUGCCCUUGAGAUCUACAUGAACAAAGUUGUCCAUGUCAAUGGGAAGGCCUUGGACAAAGCUGCUAAAGUCACCAUCACCGGUGGUGAUGAAGUCAUUUUUGUUUCUCUUGGGAGGCAUGCUUAUAUAUUUGAGCAACUUCCGGAGGAAAAAGCAAGCACAUCAUCUUUGUGUUCAAAAUGUGUCAUCCAACAAGAACAAUAUCCAGCUGUCAAAGGCACACUGGAUCAUUUGUCGUCUAAAGGAACCAAAAUAUCAACACCAUUUAACUUUGGAAAUGGCCGACCUCCACUGGUUCCUCAUGAUAAGGAGAUAGUCAGCAGUUUAUGUAAGACUAUGGGGGAACAGAGCUACUGCCCUUCUGAAGAAAAUAUGACAGUUGGUCGACACCAACUUUUGAAGGAUGAUUUGAAGAAAGCAGCUAUAAGUGCAAGUGAUAUAUCAGAGUCGUUUGAUAAUUUUCCAUAUUAUCUUAGUGAAAAUACCAAAAAUGUUCUCCUGUCAUCAGCAUAUGUAAACCUAUGCUGCAAGGAAUCCACCAAGUGGACAAAGGACAUAUCUUCUCUUUGUAAAAGGGUACUAUUAUCUGGUCCAGCAGGGUCCGAGAUCUACCAAGAAUUACUGGUUAAGGCACUUACCAAAUACUUUGGUGCUAAGCUGCUUGUCAUAGAUUAUUCACUGCUGUCUGGUGGACAGCCUUCAAAGUCAAAGGAAUCAGAACCAUACAAAAAAGGUGAUAGGGUGAGGUACAUUGGUCCUCCUCGAUCAUCAGGGUUUAUGCUCGAGGGACCGAGAGCUCCUGAUUAUGGUUCACAGGGUGAAGUGAGGCUUCCUUUUGCGGAAAAUGGAUCCUCAAAAGUUGGAGUCAGAUUUGAUAAACAGAUCCCUGGGGGCAUUGAUCUUGGAGGCAAUUGUGAGCUUGAUCAUGGCCUAUUCUGUUCUGUUGAUUCUCUAUGCCUCGAUGGUCCAGGAUGGGAAGAUAGAGCCAAACAUUCAUUUGAUGUUGUGUUUGAGUUUGCCUCUGAAGAAAGUCAACAUGAGCCUGUAAUCCUAUUUCUGAAGGAUGUUGAGAAAAUAUGUGGAAAUAAUUACACCUACCAUGGUCUAAAGAAUAAGCUUGAAAGUUUCCCAGCUGGAGUUUUUAUUGUUGGGUCCCAGAUUCAGACAGAUGCUCGGAAAGAUAAGUCGAACAAUGGGUCUCCUUGGCUCAAGUUCCCAUACAGCCAAGCAGCAAUACUUGACCUUGCAUUCCAGGAUAGCUUUGGACGGGUGAGUGAAAAAAAUAAAGAAGCACUCAAGAUGUCAAAGCAUAUAACUAAACUUUUCCCAAAUAAAGUGACAAUUGAACCACCUCAGGAUGAAAAAGAACUCUCCCAGUGGAAACAGCUAUUGGAUCGUGACAUUGAAAUUCUUAAGGCAAAGGCUAAUGUUUUGAAAAUGCAAUCUUUUCUAACCCGCCAUGGUAUGGAAUGUACUGAUUUAGAAUCAGUGGUUUGUGUCAAAGAUCGUAAUCUGAGUCUGACAAGCGAAUGUGUUGAUAAAAUAGUUGGUUAUGCUUUGAGUUAUCAACUCAAGGAUCGCCCUAUUCAAACUCCUGGAAAGGAUGCCAGAGUUGUCCUUUCCGGUGAAAGCCUUAAGCAUGGAGUUGAUUUGUUGGAAAGUAUCCAAAGUGACCCUAAGAAGAAGAGCACAAAGAAAUCAUUCAAGGAUGUCGUCACGGAGAAUGAAUUUGAAAAACGUCUUCUUACGGACGUCAUCCCUCCAGAUGAGAUUGGUGUUACCUUUGAGGAUAUUGGAGCAUUAGAAAAUGUCAAGGAAACAUUGAAGGAGUUAGUUAUGCUUCCUUUGCAAAGGCCUGAGUUAUUCUCCAAAGGACAACUUAUGAAGCCAUGCAAAGGGAUAUUGCUUUUUGGUCCACCUGGCACUGGUAAGACCAUGCUUGCCAAAGCUGUUGCGACAGAGGCUGGUGCUAAUUUUAUCAACAUAUCAAUGUCAAGCAUUGCUUCGAAGUGGUUUGGAGAGGGAGAAAAAUAUGUGAAAGCUGUUUUUUCACUUGCAAGCAAAAUAUCUCCUAGUGUUAUUUUUGUGGAUGAGGUUGAUGGCAUGCUGGGUAGACGUGAGAAUCCAGGGGAACAUGAGGCCAUGCGUAAGAUGAAAAACGAGUUUAUGGUGAACUGGGAUGGUCUUAGGACAAAAGACAAAGAACGCGUUUUGGUACUUGCUGCCACUAAUAGGCCAUUUGAUCUUGACGAGGCUGUUGUCAGGAGGCUCCCCAGGAGGUUGAUGGUUAACUUGCCAGAUGCACCCAACAGAAAGAAGAUUCUUAGUGUAAUACUAGCAAAAGAAGAUUUGGCAGAUGAUGUAGAUCUGGAGGCACUAGCAAACCUGACAGAUGGGUAUUCAGGCAGUGAUCUGAAGAACCUGUGUAUAACUGCAGCACAUUGCCCCAUAAGGGAAAUUCUUGAAAGAGAGAAGAAGGAGAGAACCUUAGCUGAAGCAGAAAAUAGGCCAGCCCCACCUCAGUGUUGUAGCGGCGACGUUCGCUCCCUAAAGUUUAGUGAUUUCAAGCACGCACAUGAGCAGGUUUGUGCGAGUAUAUCAUCGGAUUCAAACAAUAUGAAUGAGCUCGUCCAAUGGAACGACCUCUACGGAGAAGGCGGGUCGAGGCAGAAGACAUCGCUGAGCUACUUUAUGUAG